AAAUGGAAGACUGUUCUGUGUCAGUUUGUAACAGUAGGGAGGACGUUAGAUAUCAUGUUCUUCCCAUGUGACGCUGAUGUGAAUUCUACCAAAGUGGACUGCUCUCAAAGACCUCUCACCAAUGUCCCUGACUUUAAGUCUACUUUUGUUCUGUCCAUCAAUUUGAGUCUGACCAAGAUAGAGAAAGUGAAGCGUCAUGCUUUUGCAGGUGUCCCAAACCUGAACACUCUGGAAUUAAAGGGCAAUUGUCUGCCAGGAAAACAGAGAACCCCGGGACAAGACCAUUGCAAAAUGGAACUAGACCGAGAGGUCUUCAAAAACCUGCAAAAUCUUACAUCUCUGAUUCUGUCAGGGAACAGCCUCACCUCAAUACCUCUGUUACCUGAGAACUUGAAGGUCCUUGAUUUACAAAAUAAUUGCAUUGUCAAUAUUGUUGCCCCCUUAAACACUCCAAAUCUUGAAGUUCUCUUACUUUCUUAUAACUGCUUUUAUGCAAACCCCUGUAAUCAAUCUCUUUACGUAAACGAGACUGUUUUCAGAAAACUCCCUAAACUCAAAAACCUUACAUUGGGGUAUGAUAAUUUGACAGUUGUUCCUAAGUGGUUGCCACCUUCACUUGAGGUACUUGAUUUAAGAGAGAAUAUAAUCACAGAAGUCCCAGAAGGAGCCUUCGCCAGCCUGAUAAACCUCAAGUACCUAAAUUUGGAGUGGAACUGUCAGCGUUGUGACCAUGCAGCAAGACCCUGCUUUCCUUGCCCGCAAAAUAUGCCUCUGAAAUUACAUACAAACUCACUUUAUUCUGAAAAUAGCUCCAUUGUUUUCCUCAGCUUAAGAGGAAACUCUCUGAAAAAAUUUCCUACGGGCCUUUUCACACCACUGAAAAAGUUAAAGGGACUGGACAUCUCUGACAACCUUCUGGCAUAUGAGAUGCAAAAUGGCACCUUUUUUGGAGAACUGACAAGCCUCAUUUGGAUUAGUCUCAUCUAUAACUAUGAACCACUAAAAACAUUUCCUAAAUUGAACCUCUCUCCCUCUAUUGGCAAUAUAUCGUCUUUGCAAUACCUUUUGCUGAGUGGCAACUUUUUCCAUAUGCUUUCGGAAGAGAGUUUUGAAGUUUUGUCAAAACUUAAACAGCUAAAAUUACUAGAACUGAGAAUGAACUUUAUUAGUAAGUGUAACUUGACCUCUCUAAACAAAGUAACAAAUCUUACAACUGUAAUCCUCUCCCAAAACAUGCUUAAUUUCCUUCCAUGCUGCUCAACAUCAUCAUUUGGGGUUGCAGCGCUAGAUAGCUGUCAGAACCAGAACUCGUAUACACAUAAUUUCCAAGACAGGCCUUCCAUUAUAACUGAUCGAGAACCAGUGUCUAGAGAGGAUGUUUGGGAAUCCACUAAGUCUAAUGAGCUGGAAAGGAAGGAAGGUGGUGUAUGCCAAAUUCCCUCACUUUGGGACUUUAAACACAAGUACUGUUCAAAUAAGCUGACAUUUGAUCUUUCUCAGAAUGACAUUUUAUCGCUCAACAAAAACGUGUUUUUAGGCAUGGAAAAUGUGGUUUGCUUAGACCUUUCGUUCAAUUACAUGAGCCAGACAUUGAGAGGUGGGCUGUUUGAUAGCAUGAAACAUUUGGUAUUUCUUAACAUGUCUCACAAUAGACUUGAUCUUUAUUAUAAAGACAUUUUCAGUGAACUUAAUGCCACACUGAAGGUAUUAGAUGUUAGUAACAAUGACUUUCAUUUUAAAAUGAAGGGUAUGGGCCACCGUUUUGAAUUUCUUCAAAAUCUGUCCAGUUUAGAAGUACUAAGUCUGGCAAACAAUGGUAUUGAGAUGCGGAUAGAUCAGCAGCUGAAGAGCAGGUCUUUAAAGUACCUUUACUUCUAUGGAAAUAAUUUGGGCAUAAUGUGGAGUUCUGCAAACAAUAUUUACAUACAUUUUUUCCAAAACCUGACAAACCUCACAUACCUUGACAUCUCCAACAACAAUCUGAAGUCGAUCUCCUCAGAGGUGCUAUGUAAUUUCCCAGUAAGCAUUAUGAGCCUGCGCAUCAGCCACAAUCCUCUGACGUAUUUUCCCUGGCAAAACAUCUCCACCCUCAGCAGUUUAUGUCACCUAGACCUGAGUCAUAACCUCAUGAAUGAAUUAGCUCCAAAAGCAAUACGGUUUGGAGCCAACUUUUCCUUUCUGGACCUCAGUCACAAUCACAUUACUUUUAUUCCUGAGAAUUUCUUCAGUGAAGCAAAGUCUUUGCGGUAUCUGUUUCUCAGUCACAAUCAGAUCAAAGAGGUGAACCAUCAGCACCUCCCUGCACCCUUUCUAAAUGGCAGCGGCCUUCAGAGACUCACUCUACAUGAGAACCCAUUUAAAUGUGACUGUAAUACAUCCUGGUUUGCAGACUAUUUAAAGACCACAUCAGUAAAGAUUCCUUAUUUAAUGACACUUGUGCGUUGUGAAUUCCCAGAAUCACUAGAAGGACAUAUUCUACUAUCCAUGGACCAGCGUUCCUGCCAGGAAAUCUAUGGCAGCUUGGCCUUCCUCUUCUCUUCCUUCUUCGCUGUUAUGUUCACUGUUCUUCCUCUGCUGAAGCAUCUCUAUGGCUGGGAUGUGUGGUACUGCUUGCAGAUCCUCUGGGCAGGACUCAAAGGCUAUUCCCAGUUGCCUGGUAGUGAUUCAGAUCAUUGUUAUGACGCUUUCGUUGUGUUUGACACCAGGAACUCAGCUGUUAGGGACUGGGUUUACAAUGAGUUGACUGUCAAUCUGGAGAACUCGGACAACAGGAGGUUUUCUCUUUGCUUGGAAGAAAGAGACUGGAUUCCUGGGCUUUCAUGUAUUGACAACCUACAUAAUGCUGUCCACAGCAGUGUGAAGACAGUGUUUGUACUGUCUAGAGGGGCAAAUGGAAGUGAGUUGGUAAAUGGCGUGAUCCGUCAAGCUUUCUUCAUGGUUCAGCAAAGGCUUCUGGACGAGAAGGUUGAUGCAGCUGUGCUGGUUCUGCUGGAUGAAAUGUUUCCGAAACUGAAGUACCUUCAGAUGAGGAAGAGGUUGUGCAGAAAGUCGGUGCUGUCCUGGCCAAGAAACCCAAAGGCCCAACCCCUGUUCUGGAACCAGAUGAGAACGGCAUUGUCAUCAGAUAACCUUAAAUUUUAUGACAACAACAUGAGUGAAAGUUUUAUAUAA